CUCAGUGUCUCAGUUUAUUGUUGCCAUUCAUUCGGUGUAGUCAUAUCAUUCAGAGACUCAAGUUAGAAUACUAAAAAUAAAAGAAAAUAAAAUGUUUUUCACAAUCGUUGCUGUGUUGCUGUUGAUCGUUUAUCUAUUCCACCAAUACAAGUACAAAUUCUGGAUAAAUCGCGGUUUCGUGCAAUUGGAACCGAAAUUUUUAAUUGGUGACCUUGGACCUAUGAUGACUGAGAAAAAGUCGAUCGGUGAAUUUUUUUACAACAUUUACGUGAAGCAUAAACAUCACAAGGCAUUGGGCUUAUACAUGGGAUUUCAGCCGGCAGUCGUUGUUAACGAUCCAAUUCUUCUGCAGAAUGUUUUGGUUCGAGAUUUUAGCUCGUUCCAUGAUCGACCUGUACCGUUCGACUUGGAGCAUGAUACUCUUCAAAAUCAUUUGUUCCAUGUUCCCGGACAAGAAUGGCGAGAUCUGAGAGUGAAGUUGUCGCCCACCUUCACGAGCGGUAAACUGAAGGGCAUGUUCUCCGUUAUAAAAGAUUGCGGAAAUGUGCUACAAGAGUACUUGGUGAAGAAUGUCGAGUCGGGCAUGAACGUGUUCGAGUUUCGUGAAUUGUUUGCCCGGCUCAAUACGAGUAUCAUAUCGUCCGUUGCAUUCGGCAUUGAUAACGAUUGCGUUAACGAACCGGAUCACAUAUUUCGCCGAAUGGGAGCCAAAAAUUUUGAAAUCACCAAAUGGGUCAUGGUGCGCAAUCUGAUCCUUUUCUUCUUCCCGCAAGCUAUGAAGUGGUUUAGAAUCAAGAUAACGCAUCCGGAAGUGGAACAAUUCGUUUACUCGGUUGUGAAGCAGACGAUUGAAUAUCGCGAGAAGAACAAUGUCGAGCGGAAUGACUUCAUGCAGUUGCUAAUCCAAUUAAGAAACCAGGGAUAUGUUUCGGUUGAUAAAGACGAUAACAAUGCUGAUAAAAGCGGUCACGAUGACAAGAAAAAAUUGAGUUUUGAUGACUUAGCUGCAAAUGUUUUUGUAUUUUUCCAGGCUGGCUUCGAAACAUCGAGCUCAACUUUGUCUUAUUGCCUAUUUGAACUGGCACGACAUCCAGAAAUACAGAGAAAAGCACAACAAGAGAUUGAUAGAGUUCUCAAGGCAUCUGGUCAAAAUGAAAUUUCUUACGAAGUCUUGAGCGAGUUAAAAUAUCUUCAGUAUUGCAUCGACGAAACUCUACGAAAAUAUCCCAUUCUACCGCUGAUGUUCCGACUCUGCACUGCCGAUUACAAAAUACCCGACACCGAACAGACAAUCCCUAAAGGCACUGGUGUUAUGAUCCCAGUCCUUGGCUUUCAACGCGAUCCCGAAAUAUACGAAAAUCCAUUGGAAUUCAGACCAGAAAGAUUUAUCGAUUCCCCAACCGGAUCUACUGCUAAGGGCUGCUAUUAUCUUCCGUUCGGAGACGGUCCCAGGAACUGUAUCGGCAUGAGGAUGGGAAAAUUGACAUCGAAGCUGGGUCUAAUGCUUGUGCUGUCCAAAUUUAAUGUUGAACUCGCUGACCCAGAUAUGGCCGAUAAAGAACUGGAAUUCCAUCCAGUACAGUUUAUACUCUGUCCGCUAAAGGAAUUUAAUUUGAGAAUAACUCCGCGAUCAGCUAGCAAUUAACUCGGAAACAAUAUUUUAUAUUGAUAUCGAACGAAUGGUAAUGGUGACCAGACCCAGUCCCCAGCUCGCAUGUAAAUGGCUUUCUCUUCAGAAAUCGGCUCAAAAUUUGUAAAAGAUUUGCACUUUGUGGGUUGCUUCAAUGCUGAAUAAAC